CAGCGCGGGCCGGAGGGAGGGAGGGAGGGCGGGCGAGAGGCAAGGACCCGACACUCGGCACCCGGCACCCGGCACCGGACAGGCCGGACCGAGGGCCCACCGCAGAAGGCAGAGCUGCCGAGAUCUUAGUAGGGAAGGGCGACCUCUCCGGGCCCCGCGGGGCCGCGCACUGGGCGUCCUCCACCGCGCGCCCGCUCCCUCCAUCCACCUGCCGCCGGGGACCCGGCCGUCGGCGCGCGCAUCCCCAGGCUCGGGUCCGUUCCCGGCCCUCGAGGGCGCCGCCGCCUCCAUCUCCGCCUCUGCAGCGUCCGCAGCCGCAGACGCCCGGGCGGGACCCCGGCGUGAGCACCGGGCGCCCCCCCAGGAGUGCACGACCCCCGGAGCCGCCCUCGAUACGGACCGCGCCCACCGGGCACACAAGAAUGGUCACUCAGAUACUGGGGGCCAUGGAGUCUCAGGUUGGGGGGGGGCCGGCCGGCCCGGCCCUGCCCAACGGGCCACUCCUUGGGACAAACGGAGCCACUGACGACAGCAAGACCAACCUCAUCGUCAACUACCUACCCCAGAACAUGACACAGGAUGAGUUCAAGAGUCUCUUCGGCAGCAUCGGGGACAUCGAAUCCUGCAAGUUGGUCCGGGACAAGAUCACAGGGCAGAGCCUGGGGUACGGGUUUGUGAACUAUUCUGACCCCAAUGAUGCGGACAAAGCCAUCAACACCCUCAACGGCCUCAAACUGCAGACAAAGACCAUCAAGGUGUCCUAUGCACGCCCCAGUUCCGCCUCUAUCCGGGAUGCUAACCUGUACGUCAGCGGCCUCCCCAAGACCAUGAGCCAGAAGGAGAUGGAACAACUCUUCUCCCAGUAUGGUCGGAUCAUCACUUCCAGAAUCCUGCUGGACCAGGCCACAGGUGUCUCUCGGGGUGUGGGAUUCAUCCGCUUUGACAAGAGGAUCGAGGCGGAGGAAGCCAUCAAGGGACUGAAUGGACAGAAACCACUGGGCGCAGCCGAGCCAAUCACCGUCAAGUUCGCAAACAACCCGAGUCAGAAGACGGGACAGGCCCUGCUCACCCACCUGUACCAGUCCUCUGCCCGGCGCUACGCGGGGCCCCUGCAUCAUCAGACACAGCGCUUCCGGCUGGACAAUUUGCUCAACAUGGCCUAUGGAGUCAAAAGCUGCUCUAAACCUUGAAGGCAUCCCAGCUCCAUCCACAUCCCUGCUCUUGUGAGCGUCCCCAUGUUCUCUGUGUCACAAGCUGUUGGGAACAUGUUGACUAUCGAGAGCCGGGCUUGAGGCCAAGGAUGGAGCAUGGCCCAGGCAGGGCUUGCUCUCUCUUGGACAUGAAUUCGAGACAGAA